AUGAAGCAUAUUCGCGGCCUUGUCUCUGCGACACAAGCUCUUCGCCAGAUAUUCCUCGUCCCGCAAACGAUUCCGCGCACCCAGUUUACUUCCUCUGUCCAUACGCACAUACCCUUACAACUACGCCCUUUUCACUCGUCACGGCCCUGUGCCCGUUGGCGUGGGCCUGGGUCCUCCGAUACGCCCAAGAUAGCCAACAAAGCCGAACAACCUAAGGACGAAGCUAUCAAAGCACAUUAUGUCCGAAUCGUAGAGGAGGACGGCCGGCUGGGUCCACCAGAGAUGCUUUCAAGAGUCCUACGCUCGAUUGAGCGGCCAGCGAACUUUGUCCUCCAAGUAUCGCCCGUCUCUCCCACGAACGAGCCGCCUGUUUGCAAAAUCGUCAACCGCGCUGCUCUUCGGGAGAGUGAGCGUGCAUACGCAAAAACAGCUCGUGCUGCCAAGGUCUCUGUGAAACAAAUGGAACUGAAUUGGGCCAUUGAUAACAACGACCUGACUCAUCGCUUAAAGCAAAUAACGAGCUUUCUCGAAAAAGGUUGCAAGGUUGAGAUCAUUCUCUUGAGAAAAAAGGACCAUCAAGGAUGCCGAUGCUGUGCAGAGUAA